AUGCCUCACGUUCCCACCUGUACCUGCCGCAAGAAUAGCGAAGAAGUCACAAAAAAAGAAAGGUCAAACCGUGGUCUUCUAGUUCGAAACGUCCCGGCUGCAAAAGGUCUUGCCCUUAGCGAGACAGUCGCUACGAAACUCUGUCUUGAUGCCCUCGAAGGCUCCAAACGCCAGCCUUUGGAAUUCCCCAAAUGCCCAACCCAUGGAGUUGAUUCUACUUGCCUCCCUUAUCAAGUGUUUGAGGCCCUUGAUAAUGGCCUAUUCCGUGGAGUUCUCAAAGAUCAAGUUUACCUUACCUGGUCAAAUCUCGACUCUAUUACUCACGGCAUGACCUCUAAGCCAGGGGUUCGGGAUACAAGGAUCACAAUUCGGUUAAGCAACAUUUUGCAGAACAAAGCUUUCCUCAAACGCAUCCUUCCAUGCCUCAUUCAUCAGAUGAUACAUGCGUACUUCCUGGUCUGUUGCGACAGUCAAGCAGAAAGCGGCCCGAGUCGCUCAUACGGCCAUGGGCUUGGAUUUAGCACCUUGCUCUAUAGGACCAUGGAAGUACAUCCUCCCGAGCCGGUGGAGACUUCAUCAGAAUAUAUCCGUGAGUUACGCAUUGACUGUGAACGUCGCCUCCCCGAGGUAAAGUACCAUGAACGCCGCGUGGCCAAGUCAAAAAAGGAGACCUUUUGCGCAUGGACUGGAAACUCUAUGCCUGGAAAAGCUCCUUGCUGGGAGCACAUGUUAACACUAAAAGAAUUGAAGAUGCAAGACGCAAAAGGAGGGAAAGCAGAUGUCGAGAUAUAUCCGAAAACACACUAUCUUCAUACCGUGAAGUCCGAGAAGUCCUCUUUUACGCCAAUCCUUCGUACACGGUAUCAUCUAGCCUCUCAGGAUUUUGUCGAACUUCACUAUGCAAACUAUGCAAUUCCGUUUCCUAAGAAGCAAUUGGCAUCGUUCGCGUCCCUCAAGAGUCAAGUCUCCAAGGAAAAUGCUUUACUUGAAAUUUCCGCCAAUUCACAACCCAUAUUCUUUGCCUUUUACCAGUUUCUUCUCAAUCAGGAUUACCCGCCAGAAAUAGUAAAGAUUACAACACCCUACGUAACAGCGACUACUUCCUGUGGGCCACCAUCGAUUUCAACUUUUCAAGCCGAUGAUCCUGCGUAUCUGCUGAAGGAUAUUCAGAUGUUCACUCUUGGCAGCCAGUUGGCGUUUUCUGAGCUACGAAAUAAGGCUCUCGAAAAAUUAUACUUACUGAGUGAGAUGCACUCGGAUCCAAUGGCAGUACUCGAAGAAAUUUACAAUAAAGGAAUUAGUAAUGAGGAAGACCUCCGUGUUCUCCGGAAAUGGGUACAAGAUUUCCUCUCGAAACAACCCGAAAACACUGAAAAUACGAACCUUUCUAUUCUCAAGCAGAGUGGACUUUGGAAGGACAGGUUUACAGGACUUAGGGCGAAAAGCAAACUGUUUGACUUGGAUUGUAGCAAGACAGAGGAAGACCUGCUGUUAGGCAAGGCGAUCAGAGCUCUUGGCUCCGAUGGGCAAGAAAAGAGCAAAAAGGUUAACGAAACGAAGAAGCCAGUCGACCUAUCAUUGAACGAGCUCGGAGAUCUAUCAAAAAUCUAUCCAGACGUAUAUGCAAAACUUGUUGAAACGUAUGAAGCUCGACGGAAAGAUAAGGAGGAGAAAGAAAAUGAGAAAAAGGAAAAGGAGAAGGACAAAGACAAGGACAAGGACAAGGAUAAUGAUAAGGACAAAGGAAAGCAAAAAGAGAAAGAUGUUCGUAACUCCAAGGAUGAAGGAACGCUGCUAUGUGUGUCUAAAUGUGCGCAUUGCCAAUAUGGACUUCUUUUAGAGAACGACAGUCCCUAUGUCGCUCAUACUUCUUUUCUCCAACCUGGCUAUUUUGAAGGGGCUUACGCUACCCAGAGACCUGCAGCACACACGAUGCCAUACUAUCCAGUUGCACCACGAUUUUGA